AUUUUUUUUUGUGAGCAGAUGGAAUUGACCAGCAUUAAAUGUACAGUAUUAGUUAAACAGAACAUCAUCGCGUCAUAACAUCGUUGUUGUAGUUUUGUUCGUUCUGCUAAACGUGCAUUAUGAUAAAAACUGUUUCUUUUAUUUUCAUGAUGCAUUAGACACCCAGAUGACUGUCAAACACGUACAUGCUACAUGCCACGGAGCGCGGAGAGCAGAAGACUUGCAUCAUCUGUUAAUUCAACACGUUGAAAGUGUGCUAGUAUGCAGCAUAUUAGCAGAAUGUUUGUAAAGCGAUAGCACGUAUGUUAUUAGUGAUGUAUAAGCACAUUGUUUUAUUUUAAUAGCCAGUCUUUCCUAAGGCUAAGCUAAGCUAACCCUUCGAACACCUUUAGCUUUGUAAUGCUAUACAGACAGAGCUGACUCUUGUGAGUUGCAUUACUGCCACCUACUGGGUUCUUUUUGGUAAAUAAUCAAUCUAGACGUUGUCAUUAACACAACCAAAUGUAUUUUGUAUGAGAAACAGUGGCAUGUGGACAACUUUAUUGUGCUGCGUUUCUUUAAAGAAAAAAGAGACAAAUGAGUCUUGGGUCAUAAAUCAAUCUUUUUUAUGUCACAGUCUAGUCUGUGGUCUACAGUGUGUGUGACUGUGUGUUGUAGUAGACAAACGACAGCAUAUCCAGAGGGUACAGUCUGUGAGGCUGAUGGCCGUCUCUCGGUCGUGUUGGUACUUGCCCGCCGGUGCAGCAGGUGAAACCUGUCCGACCUCACCGCUGUCUGCUGUUAACGGAUCUGCGACUGUUUAACACUGAGUAGUGUCAAAGGUAGUAGCCGUCACCACCCGACUGUAACAACAACAUGGUCACCUGUCUGCUGCUCUCGCACAUAUCGUGGACACCUGGCUGUUUGGUGAGAACUCUUCUGCCUGAGUGACAGGUCACCUGAUUUAGAGCUGUAGUGGUUUGGUGUAACUGCAAACAUGACAGUGUGUGACUGAGAGACUGAGAGAGGGAGUAGAGUUUAACACAGAGGUCAUGGUGACAGUCAGUAGUUUUAUUUUGGGAAGACCCUUUGCCCUCUGCAGAGCAGAGUUAGAACGAAAUGGAACUUUGUUUUCAAAAGUUGAAAAUUCCCUGGAAGAAAAAGAGAAAGAGAAAAGAACAUUCUGAGAACAAAUACCAAUAUUAAAGUCAAAAUAAAUAUACAUAUUUUUUGUACAAUUUUUUAAAGUAGUCAAAUAUUUGAAAAUUAAAGCAUAUUUCACGCAUUUAUGUCAUCAUUCACAGGGGGAAAGUUCCCCUGGAACAUAUCCUUCUGUCUUUCUUCUUCGUGUCAUCCUCUUUUUAUGACCUUUCCUUCUAUGUUGUAUUGAAGAAAACAAAAAGGAAAGGAAGUAGAGCCAACAGCCAACAUAGCAGCCAGGCAAAUGUUUUCUUUUUCCUUUUGUGCUGGUAAUCAGCCUCUUUCUCCUCUUCUCUUUUUUUCUGUUGUUUGCCUCCCCCGCUGACUGGAGGUGGGGACGGCAGAGGCAGCGCCGGCUUUUGUGGAGUCUAUCACUGGGAUCAUGGCUUUGUCACUGUGUGUUUGUGGCACUCACACACACAUGCAGCACAUGUGCAGGCAACAGAGGCUGCCUCCUCAGAAACAGAGGAAGGCCUUAACAGCAGAAAACCUUCAGGAGUUAUCGAUAUCUUAGUGGAUCAGAUCCUAACAUCUGGACCCAGUGAUUUUUUUCCAGGACUUUUGGAUUGGACAGCAGUACAGCAGGAGGUGUUUGCUGUUGGAGUGUUAACAAAAUAGAUGAAAGAAAAAAGAGUAGGGGAAGAAGAGUGAAGGAGGGCUGAGAUAGAAGUGAGAUAAGACAAUCUGUGUGAUUCAGGGAGGGUGGAAAGAAAGAGAGAGAGAGAGAGAGGGAGGAGAGACAGUAGAGCCAGCCCUCUGGGACAGUUAUGGGAUGGACAGAGUGGUCCUGAAAGCAGAACAUCACUAGACACCACUGAGAGGACGGCUGUCAUUUGUACUGUGUGUGUGUCUGUAGUGAAACCAGACCUACCUCUGAUCACAGAGCCACACACACUCCUCCAUCUGCUGCUCAGGAGUCUGCCCUCUGAGUGUGUCAGCGUGUGUGUGUGUUAGAGCUGAUUCCUAAAGAUCAGGAGCUGUGAUGUGGAACUUUGUGGGAUUAAUCUUUCCAGAGGCUCCAGGGACUGGAACCAUGAGACGGAUAGCACUGACUUGUGAGUCAAUGACCUGAGGAACACAGAGGAGGACUUGGACUUUUACUUCGCUGUACUUCAGCUACGAUCUUUUGUACUUUCCUGGGUGUGACGUGAGCAGUCCAUGUGGUCUGUGAAGGAUGCUGAUCUGAGAAAACUCUGUGCUCCAAUGCCUGCUGCUAUGGUCCGCUGCCCUACGCCGGUCGGGUCAAACUGGAGCUUCCAGAACCCGGUGGGUGUGGACUGCAGCUCCCCCGAACCACGAUGCAUCUGGGUGGCGGUGCUGCGUGGCGCCACUAGCCCCGUGGCACCACCAUCACCGCCGUCCGACAUUCCCACUGAGCUCAAGAGGAGCUCCCUUCAGAUCAGGGCUAAGGGGCGCAGAGAUGGUCUCUGCUCAACCAGUGACAACCCUCGGCCGCCGAUGGCGACCCGGCCGGGAAGGGAGGGGGUCGGCAUGGGCUGGAAGGGUCCUCGGACGCUGGUUCUCCACAAGAACUCCCAGGGUUUUGGUUUCACCCUACGCCACUUUAUCGUUUACCCUCCGGAGUCAGCCAUGCACACCAACCUCAAGGAUGAGGAGAACGGUAAUGGAAAGGGGUACCAGAAAGACCGCCUGGAACCCAUGGACACCAUUUUUGUGAAAAAUGUGAGGGAAAAAGGUCCGGCUCACCAGGCGGGCUUGUGCACAGGGGAUCGACUGGUGAAGGUAAACGGGGAGAGCAUUUUAGGGAAGACGUACUCGCAGGUGAUCGCCCUCAUUCAGAACAGUGAGAGUGUGCUGGAGCUCUCCAUUAUGCCAAAGGAUGAGGAUGUUCUUCAGUUGGCGUACUCCCAAGAUGCCUACCUGAGUGGCAACGAACCAUACGCAGGGGGAGCUGAGAACCUCCCACCACCACCCCCUACCUGCUACCCACGCACGAAGACUGUGCCUCCCUCCGGAACGCCCCUUUCAGCGGGCCUGGGCCAGAACCAGCUGGAUAACUGGAGUCGCUGGCCAGGCUCUUCCAGCCCUUCUUCACCCCUGGAUAACCACUCUUCUGUGGGCAGCCCCGCCAGCUGGCAGGAGGGGCGGGCGGGAGAACCCGGAGGUGUGGGUCAUACCAGCCCUGCUCACCGCACAGAGGAGAUCCAGUAUGGCAUGACUAGCAAACAGGCUCAGGGUCAGAGCAGGGGUCGCUCCUACUCUUCCUCUUCCUCGUCGGGAGGCCCCUUGUCCAGCCCUUUACAAGUCCACUACCCCAACCACCAUGCUGUCAGCCCGCCUCAGGCCAAGCCACGAAAGUCCAGCUCGGCCUGGACCAGUCCUCCCCUGCCCCAGCUCAGCCACAGCCGCAAUGAGCGUUGUCAACAGGCCCUCUCUGACUGGUACUACAGCCAGCAGCCCGAGCAUUCAGGGCGGUCCAUGCAGACCCGGCACCGCAGCUACUCUCAGGACCGACUCAGUGACCGGAGGCAGCAGCAGCGGACUGGUGGCUGGCCACACAGUGCCUCCCAGGACACUCUUCUGUUACUACAGCAGUCCGGACCAGGACCCCAUGGAGAGCCAUACUGGUCUUAUGGAGAUUGGGAUGAAGAUCCAGGUCAGGGCCACCAUUCUAGCUACACUAGAACUCGCUCUGAAAACCUUCUGGCUCAGUACGAUCGUCACGGCCGCUCAUUAGAGAUGCUGGACCGAGCAGCAGCAGGACCCCGGUUUGAAAGGCCCUCGUGGCACCAACAGGCCCCAAAGCCACCCCCUCGGACCGAUGCCUACCCAAGACAAGGGGGUCAUCAUAGUGUAACACAAGCUCCAGUAAUGCCUCGACACACACAGUCCCAUUCUAAACACCACUCACAGUCUAACACACAGUCACACACCCAGGUCCAGUCACAACCGCAGGUCCAGCAGCCUGCUCCUCAGAACAGGAGACUCCCCCAAGGACAAAGCAUGGAUGACCAGCCCGUGGGCUACCGGAGCUACAGCCCAUCAUUUUACCGUAAAACAGGACGAAUUUUACAGCAAGCCCACUCUUUCAGGGACCCUUCAUACUCUGGCCCUCAUUUGAACUGGAACCCAACUCCUAAAACCAGCCCUCCAGAGGGCACAGCUGCCCCCUUAACCACCUCCACGGCAUCUCCACUUGCCUCCUCCACGCCCGACUCCCAGGAUAGAUCAUACAGGCCAACGAACCACGAGAGGGAACGACUUUCAGGAGAGGGGCAGACAGAGGUGGCGCCACAGGCGCAAGAAGUGGUUUUGAGGCAAAAACCUCCAACGGGUCGAAGAAACGCACAUAACAUGCGUCACCCUCACUAUGCACUGGCCAUGGAUGGGCUAGAACCCUCCUUAUUUGCUUUUGAUCCCCAGGAUUCUGCCUCAGCUCUUGUUUCCACUGAAGAUGUAGCUCCACACAAGCCGAACGGUAACCUCGCUCCACUUCCUAUCGAAGAUGAUUCUCUGGCCUCAAUUCCCUUCAUUGAUGAGCCAACCAGCCCCGGCGCAGAUUUGCGUGCCCGUCAUGUUCCGGCGUCCUCAGUGGUGUCCAGUGGCAUGAGUUCGGCGCCCGCCGCUGUCACCAGCCCCGCCUCCCCUACCUUCACCUUUCCCCUCACUAGGCUCUUCUCACAUGACUGCAGCAGUAUUAAAUCCAGUCGCCGUUCCUCCUAUCUUCUAGCCAUCACCACGGAGCGCUCCAAGUCAUGUGACGAAGGACUCAACACAUUCAGGGACGAAGGCCGUGUUUUCUCGAGGCUUCCAAAGAGAGUGAAGAGCUUCUUCACAGAUGGGUCACUGGACAACCUUGGGACAGCAGAGGAGGUUCGGUCAAAACGCCACUCCACCUCAGAGCUGGGGAACAUCACCUACAGUGACGUACGGCGAGAAGGAUGGCUUCACUUCAAACAGAUCCUCACGGAGAAGGGCAAAAAGGUGGGCAGCGGCAUGCGUCCGUGGAAACGGGUUUUUUCGGUGCUCCGCUCGCAUUCGCUUUUCCUCUACAAGGACAAGAGGGAGGCAGUACUUCGUGGCGCCACCAUUGGCGGCUCUGCAGACGACGAGGAGCCAAUCAGCAUCCGUGGCUGCUUGGUGGACAUUGCAUACAGUGAGACCAAACGAAAGCACGCGCUGAGACUGACCACUCAGGACUUCUGUGAGUACCUGCUGCAGGCGGAGGACCGGGACGACAUGCUGGACUGGAUAAAGGUCAUCAGGGAGAACAGCAAGACAGACAGCGAGGAGCUCGGCUUUUCCAGACAGGCCCUCAUCAAUAAGAAGCUAAAUGACUAUAGAAAACAAAGUCCAACAGGCAACAAACCAGAGGCUUCUCCCAGGAUGCCCAGAAUGAAGCCUCCCUUCCUGCUCACCAAGACUGAGAACACCACAGCAGCUCCCCGUUCCCCUAAACCGGAGGGCAAAGAUGAAAGCAGCCCACCCAAGUCACCUUGGGGCAUCAACAUCAUGAAGAAGACGAAGAAGGCUGGACCCAAAGCUUUUGGCGUGAGGUUGGACGAAUGUCAGCCGGGCGCUAAUAACAAGUUCAUCCCCUUGAUCGUGGAGAUCUGCUGUGGUCUGGUAGAAGAGAUGGGUCUGGAAUACACCGGAAUCUACAGGGUCCCUGGGAAUAACGCCAUGGUGUCGAUGCUUCAGGAUCAGCUCAACAAGGGAGUGGACAUCAACCCUGCAGAGGAGAAAUGGCAAGAUCUCAAUGUUGUCAGCAGUUUACUCAAAUCUUUCUUCAGGAAACUUCCAGAGCCGCUGUUCACAAACGACAAAUACAACGACUUCAUCGAUGCCAAUCGGAUGGAAAAUGCGUCAGAACGAUUAAGGACCAUGAAGAAACUGAUCCGAGACCUACCUGAUCACUACUACCACACACUGAAGUUCCUGGUUAAUCAUUUGAAAACAGUGGCUGACAACUCGGAUAAAAACAAGAUGGAGCCUCGUAACCUGGCUCUGGUGUUUGGACCGACCCUGGUUCGGACGUCUGAGGACAACAUGAAAGACAUGGUCACACACAUGCCUGACCGCUACAAGAUUGUGGAGACACUCAUCCAGCAUUGCACCUGGUUUUUCACAGAAGAGCUGGACAAGGAUGAAAAGACGCCAGUGGACACAGAUGACGUACAGCCCGCCCCCAACAUUGACCACCUGCUGUCCAACAUUGGCAGGACCGCUCUACUAGGGGAGGCCUCAGACUCAACCAACAGUGACUCAGCUAAAUCCAAGGGCUCCUGGGGGUCAAAGAAGGAUCUCACUGCAAAGGACUUCCUGACCUUGUCCAUCAUGUCAGCUGUUACGGGCCGCAAACGCAGGAAACGACAUAACGCCCGGCGAGUGGGCAGCAGCACUGAUGACGACUCUGAGCACGAGCCCAACAAAGCCGGUACGGAGGAGGAAGAGGACACGGAUUUGCCUGUUGGAGACACUGCUCCUCGAGCGGAGGGGGAGGAGGAUGAUGAUGACGAGGAGGAGGAAGAAGAAGAGGAAGAUGAGGAAGUGGUAGAGAGUGGUGUGAAAGAGGUAGAAGUAGAACCAGCGGUCGCCGAGGUUACUCCUACCCCGCCACAUUUGGAACAAGAGGAGGAGGAGGAGGCAGAAGUACGACAGGCACCGAUGUCGCUGCAGGAAGCGGAAACACGGGCAGAGGUUAAAGGGUCACCGUGGCGUGCACCGGAAGACGCGCGCUCUAUUGUCUCCGGCUACUCAACCCUUUCCACACUAGGGCGCAGCCUGGGGUCAGAGGGCAGAGGGGAGGACGCCGACGACGAACACAGCGAGCUGGUGAGUGAGACGGACAACGAGAGCGGCUUCGCCUCGCGCUCUCUCACCCAGGAGAGACCCGACAAACGCCCGGCGCCCGCACCCGUCAACGUGCAGCCGCCAGGAGCUCCACGCAGUUUCCUCUACACACACUACAAACCCCCCGUCCUCUCACCCACAAACGUCCUUGCUCCGCCUACACCCCUCUCACACACGCCAGACUCUGCGGAGAGGAGCGAAGGAGGAGCUCGCUCCACCACGCCCUCGUCCUCCUCUUUCUCCUCCUCCUCCACCACUCACACUCGACUGCACUCGCGGCCUUCCUUCAACUCCCACAAGCUGAUCCAGUGUGACACGCUGGCCAGGAAGAAGCUGAGGUCAGAGAAGGCCAAGACCCGCUCUCUGGACCUGCUGGAACUCUCUGAGGCCACAACCCGGUGCGACGGCGUGGGCUCAGGCUCAGAGGAGACCCCCAGAGUGAGGAGGGAGACCUCCAGGACCAACCCCUCCUCAGCCAGCAGCCAGGACAGCGUACGCCUGGCUCGCUCCAAACCAGCUGUGCCGCCCAGUGAAGCCUCGUCCUUCACUCCGAUCGGUCAGGGCGGCCAGUCUCUAGCCGAGCAGGUUCGCGCUCGACUUUUGGGUUCCGCCGACGAUCUGCGGAGCGUCGGUCUGCGAAAACCACUGUCCCCAGAGACGAGAAGGAAGAGACGAGCCUGGCGCCGACACACGGUGGUGGCCUCUCCCACCGAGUCGUCUGAGAAAAGACCCCCGGUGAUGCUUAAUGAGUUCCCCAUGUCUCCUCUGCGUCCAAAUCAGGUCAAGUCAGCAGGGCGACCACAAGGUGUGGAGGUUUUGGAACAGGAACCAACUUCACGUCAAGUUCCCCCAUCCAGAUUCCACCAGUACCUGUGAGCCAACCUCCACUCUAAGAAAGAGACAAAAAAAAAAUCUAGGGUGGAUUUGGUGGGGUCCACGUGGGCCGAGCUGCUGACUGGCUGCAGGUCAUUAAACUGACAGAGUGUACCAAAAAAAAUCCUUUAAGAGCAGCCCACGCUUCUCCUUCACGAUGAGCUCCGUUUGCAUGGCAAAGGCCAUCCCAGUGUUGCCAAAGCUUUUCUUUUCUCAUUGUGUUUAUGUGUGUGCUUUUCUAGAAAUAAUACAGGACCGAGACACCAACAGACCUCAUCACAGCUAACAGUUAACGGCCAAGAAUCGUCACCGUCACAGUAACAACUGUUCAUCCAGCCUGGCUCACACAGGACAAAAUCCAUAGACUUGUAUUAAAAAAAUGGAUGAGUAUAAAACACUAGAAGUGCUCCACUGGUUUGGUGGAAUGUUACUAAGUUUCUAAGUAUGAAUACAAGUAAGAAAUUCAAGUUGUAUUUUACCCAGAUUAUGACAUUUGGAUAAUCUGGAAAAUUCGCCAUGACAAAAAAUGCAUACGUGCAGAUAAUACUUCAAUAUACAAAUCCUGAUCAAAUAUGAAGACAAAUUAAUAUCAUUUUCCCAACUCUCACCAAUUUUUUUUAAAUAAUAAAACAAAACACGUAGUUUGCAACCUUUACUAUCAAACAAAUGACCAUUUUGUCCAUUUUAUAUACAGUCUAUGCACAUAUCAGGGUUAAAUCCUGUGAAAGGAACAAGAAACAGUUUUUGACCCUAUUGAAAAUGGUGCUUUUUAUAAAAACUCACUGAUUUUCCACUAAAGCAGAAGUGAGUCAGAUGAGACAAAUAAAAACGGAUUGGCCAACGUAACGUUACUUCAGUCAAAUUCAAUUCAGUCUUCCUUCUCAGACCAUGGACACUGUAAUGCUCUCUUAAACGCAACAGUAGAUGAAACAGGUUACACACACACACACACACACACACAUGCGCACGUCUCCACGUCUACCUGUUAAUAUUGUUCAUGUGCGUGUUUUUUUUUUUGUUUUGUUUUUUUUUUGCUAUAAAAUAUUCGUGACAAUGUCUGAGGUGUUUGUGUUGAACAAUUUUGUAACAUUUGUACAAAGCCUUGUUAAGUUAACCUUUGUAAAUAUUAAUAUUAUGUUAUCAAAAAUUUUCCCUUUUUUUGUAGUUCUUUUUUUACGUUUACAGAAAAGUGCGAACGUGUGCACAGUCAUUUCUUUUGAGGCGUUACUUGAAAUGUUUCUCUUAAUAUAUUGUUUUUGUUUUCUAUCCUAUCUUUAUAUAUAUAUAUAUAUAUAUAUUAUAUAUAUUUUGUAUUAAAUUUUUUAAAGUACUUUAAUUGUAGCGUCACCUCUGGGGUGUACCUGUUCACGGCGAGACAAACGCGUCUGCCCGCUCCACGUUGCCUCGUGGACGGCCUUCCUCUGGUUCUCAGCACUGUGCAGACAGACCUAUAGUCACAGAAUGAAGACCAGUUUCUGAUGAUGGUUACAGUACUGUGCUAAAGCCUCCACCCCGACGUUAGAGCUGCGUUAUCAGCACGUUUGGGAAUUAAGUGAGUGAGAAUAGAAGCGAAGAUUGGCUUCUUUAAGUACACUGAAGAAUCGAGUACAUGAAGAAACUCCAAGUGUACGCAGAGAACAAGGGGCACUGAGGCGGAGCUGAGGUCCAGCUUGGACACGGUCCACCAUCGAGCAGCUGUGUUAGGUUUUCAAGUCGACCUUCAACAGCCUGAUUAGAAACGUGGACGCUACAGUAGCAGACACCAAGUCACCCGGUGUACAUACUCCAAACACGUUUCAGGGUUAUUUAAAGUCCAGAGAAUACCUUCAACUACAGACGUCCGAUAUUAACUUUUUGCCAAUUCCAAUAUCAACCAACACCGAUAUAUGCAGCCGUUUGUGUUGAAGGCAGAUGACAUAUUUCAUUGUGUGCAGUGUGGUGUUGUGCACAAUACAAAUAAUAGUUUCACUUUUACUUCAAAACUAUUUUUAGGUCACACCAUCUGGGCCAAACCCAGAUUAUGCAUUAUUGGAGGAAAAACCGAUAAAGAUUCUCACCAAUAUUACAUAAUUAGAAUAAUAUUGGCUGAUAAUAUCGGUCGGCUGAUGUCAUUGGACAUCUCGAUAUUAACCACUUGUACAGUAACUCAGAGAAGUUCUGAAAGAAGCCUAUCCGUGGAUCACUCCAACAUAAACCUAAACACUAGCCUUUGUCGGUUGAAGACAUUCUGUAGUGAACAUUUUUUUUGUACAAAGUUACUGUUUUCUGUAGUUUCCUGUAUUUUAUUUAUGCACAGCUUAGAAUGCAAGAAAUUGACUGAAAAAGCAUGUAACUUCCCCGCUCUGCCCAGCAGGGAGUGCUAUAAACACUGUUUAAAUGCUAAAGUUCUUAGUUAAGUCACGUUAAGUGCUGGUAAACGUUAUUGUAUGAAAUUAACCAUGUAAGAUAUUUAUUAAAAAUAUAGACGAGAGCAGUGGUUCCCAGAAUAGUUCUGCGGUGCCCCCUUUUGAAGACCACCCCCAUAGCGACACAUUCCCUGCUAUUGAUUCAAAACUCCAUUGAACUUUAUUUAAACACUGUUAUUCCUAUAAAAACAGACAUUCUCUCCAAAAUGGAAAUAAAUUCACAAAUUUUAAAAUAAUUUGACCUGCAGAUAUAAUUUUAUUGAGGAAAUUCCAGCAUUUCUAGACUUUGGCACAGUACUGUACGUGUUCAGCAGUGUUGGAUCAACAUGUAGCAAAUAAAAAUAAAUGUUAUUUGGUAAAAAUGAUGGACAGUUUGCAGAGAGCUCAGAGAAGCUCAGUGAUCAUUGGUUUGGUCUAUCAACACAGAGAAGAAGAAGAAUCUCGGGGUUGUCCCUUUAACAGAGUGAUUCACCUAAAUUAUGGCCAAACAGUCACAUUUAAACAGUGUGGUGAUGACAGGCUGCAGUGAAGGAACUCAAUUGGAUAUUUUGCUAAAUUACCACAAACACUGGCUGCCUUCAAAAAGUAACGGGAGGUGAGGCUUCCACAACCACGAGGUCCACUUGUGUCCUUCUGACCAAAAGAAAGAAAUAAAGCUAGAGGAAAGUAAAGAUAACGCUAACACUGAUGGAUUAUUACUUGGUCUCUUGUCUUACCUCAAGAUUUCUUCUGCAAGUGCCUGAUUUCUGGAAUGUGUUCUUGGUUCUGCAGUGUCACACUCGUGUCUUAUCUUUCUGUUUCCCCUCAAUCGAAGCCAGCAUUUCUACACACUGGCUGGGCUUCUCUCAAUAGUGGGUCCUCCUCCCUCCUCUGCUGUGGUCGAUGAAAGAAUAAAGGCACCGACCCAAAGAUGUCGCCAUCAAAAAGGAUGGUUCUAACUGAGCAGAACGUUGGCUCAAAAGCACAAAUCCAGCCUCAGACGUGUCUAUGCACUCUCUCUGUCUCUAACCCAGACGUUAACAGCUGUAACGGACGCUGCUAAGAGAGACGAUGCGUACUAACUCUCUCUCAGCUGUUUUGUUUUGUCCUUGGCCUGGUCAUUCCUAGUGUGUGAAUAUGGUACACCUAACUAGACUGACCCACAAACUGUAUUGGGUCGCAGCAGACGUGUUCUGAAGAUGAUCUGCAGUUUGUUGUGUUUGGUCUGAAAUGUGAUACGCCCCUUUGUCCCCCUCGUUGUAUUCUUUUGUACAUAUCAUCUUAAUAUGUAACAUAGUGUAUUGUGUACAUUUGGACUUUGCUUUUGAGUAUAACUAAUAUGAAAACGACUGGACUCAAAGUUUGUUCGCCUGAAACCAUUUCCCCUCAUGGCUGUGUGCAUCAAAGCAAGGUAAUAUGGUGUAAAUAAACAGAACUAUGUUUAAAAAA